AUGUAUCCCACUUCAUUGGCCAUCGGAACGGGGUUAUUGUCCGGAACAUUUGCCCACGUUCUAAUGUUUCGAAAGGGGGAAUGGGAUCUUUACACUAUCAAGAUACUACAAGGACUUCUCAUAGUCUUUAGUCUCCUAGCACUGAGCUUCAAGAGGCUGGGAGCUACUGAGGCUGGAACUCCGUACAGCUUCUUGGAAUCCAUCACAGCAUCCAUAUAUAUGGUUUCUUUUAUGCUCUCAGGGACCUUCUCCAACAUACUCCUUUACCGUAUCAGCUUUUUUCACCGCCUGUACAAGUUUCCGGGUCCUUUCAUGGCCAGAGUCUCCAACCUUUAUCUCACCAAGCGUUCCGUUGCUAGCUUUCAACUCUACCGAGAGAUUCAGGAUCUUCAUAGGAAAUAUGGGGAUAUUGUGCGCGUGGGACCCUCGGCACUAUCGAUCCUCGAUGCCAAGGUCUUCCAUGCAAUACAUUCGAACAGUUCGCCCUGCAGUAAGGGACCCUGGUACAAUAUCGAACAGCCGGCCAUCUCUCUCCACAUGUCGCGGGACAAGAACGAGCAUUCCCGUAGGCGACGAGCCUGGGACAGGGCGUUUAGCUCAAAGGCUCUCCGUAAUUACGAGCCCCGCGUGGUCAAAUAUACCGGCCAGCUACUCGAUCGAUUAGAAGAUACCCAAGAUAUGCCUGUCGACAUUGCAAAGUGGUUCAAGUUCUACAGCUUCGAUACCAUGGGUGACCUAGCCUUUGGUCAGAGCUUCAACAUGCUAACAGGUGGCGUUAAGCAUCCGUUCAUGGCACUUGUUGAGUCGCACAUGGCAAUGGCGGGGACCCUCAGUCAACUGAUAUGGAUGUUUCCCCUGUUCAGGGCAAUGCCUUUUCUUGGUCGGGAAGAUGCUAUCUUCCAGAAGUGGCUGGAGACUCAAGUUCGCCAUCAAGAACAGAACAAGCCAGACCUUCCGAAUAUUUUCUCGUGGCUCCUUGAAGAUUAUAAAACCCAGUUAUAUCCCAAAGAGCAAGACUGGUUAAACUUGCAAGCUGACAUGCAGCUUAUAGCCGUUGCUGGAAGCGAUACCACUUCUGUAACACUUACUUGCCUGUUUUACUUGUUGGCUACCAACAAAGAUGAGUGCAAGAAGCUACAAGAGGAGAUUGACAACUUGUUUUCCAGCUCUUCACACCUUAAUCACUCGAGCUUUGCCAAGUUGACAUACCUCCAAGCUUGUAUUGACGAGACACUGCGACUCUUUCCUCCAGUGCCCUCUGGAUUGCAGCGUAUGACACCUCCAGAAGGGCUACGAGUCGGUGACAUCUUCAUUCCCGGGGAUACCAUAGUGACUGUUCCAUCCUAUACACUAUAUCGAGAUGAACGGUACUUCACCGCUCCUGACGACUUCGUCCCAGAGCGCUGGACGACAAGACCAGAGAUGGUGAAGAACGAUUCAGUAUUUGCACCAUUCUCAGUUGGUCGUUAUGCAUGUGUGGGUAAGCAAUUAGGUCUUAUGGAAGUUGGCUAUGCUGCUUGUAUGAUCUUACAUCGCUUUGACAUCUACCUUUCUGGUGAGGGGACUACAAGCAAGUCGGUGUUUCUUAAGGGUCUGAAAGACCAUUUUACACUAGAUGCGCCUCGGCUUGAUGUUGUACUUACAGCUAGGAAGCACUGA